UUAUUUCAUAAAAUGAAAAUCUUGAAAAAGUCAAAGUAUUGGGCAAGUACCCGCAUCUUUCCUUCAGACUUUUCCUUUUAGUACUAUUUUUUUCUCUCUCCUGACUUAGCCAGCAAAUUUCUCUCUCUUCACGAAAUUCUGAAGCCACUUACAGUUUAUACUUUUUUUGGUGCAAAACCCUUUGGCUUUUGCCAACUUUUUAUUUCUUGGUGAAGCAAAGUUUUGCUGAUCUCUAAAAAAAUUGUAAUCUUUGCUGUAUUUGUUGGAUUUUUAGGAACUUGUUAGUUCGUUUUUGGAGGGUUUUUGUUGGUGGAAGUGUUUGGGGGAAUAGAUGUUGAUUUAUAGAUAUAGGAGGUGAAGCUGUAGCUAGAAUUUAUGGAUAACUUAUGCUGCUUCAAUUCAGUCUCUCAGAUUGUAGGAGGACAUUCUUCUGUUGGUUCUGGCAAGGGCAGAAGUCAUCAAAGUUCCGCUAAGUAUGGCUUUACUUUAGUGAAAGGAAAAGCAAACCAUCCCAUGGAGGAUUAUCAUGUUGCCAAGUUUGUGCAGCUCGAUAAACAUGAACUUGGUCUCUUUGCCAUAUACGACGGCCAUCUAGGUGAUAGUGUGCCUGCUUAUCUGCAAACACAUUUAUUUGCCAACAUUUUGAAAGAGGAAGACUUUUGGACUGAUUCAACUCGGUCGAUUACAAAAGCCUACGAGAGAACUGAUCAAGCUAUUCUUAACCACAACCCCGACCUUGGAAGAGGUGGUUCAACUGCUGUUACUGCUAUUCUUAUUGAUGGACAGAAGUUAUUGGUAGCCAAUGUAGGAGAUUCACGAGCAGUCCUUUCUAGAAAAGCUCAAGCAGUACAGAUGUCCACUGACCAUGAACCUAAUACAGAGCGCGUCAGCAUUGAGGACAGAGGCGGCUUUGUCUCAAAUAUGCCAGGAGAUGUUGCUCGGGUUAAUGGGCAACUUGCAGUUUCCCGAGCCUUUGGGGACAAGAACCUCAAAUCGCACUUACGAUCGGAUCCUGAUAUAAAGACUACCAAUAUUGGCCCCGACACUGAUCUUAUGAUCCUUGCGAGCGAUGGCCUUUGGAAGGUAAUGUCAAAUCAAGAGGCAGUUGACAUUGCAACAAAGAUCAAAGAUCCACUCAAGGGUGCCAAGCAACUAGCCAUGGAAGCUCUUAAUCGAGAUAGCAAAGACGACAUCUCUUGUAUUGUAGUCCGUUUCAGGCUGGGAUAAAGCUUUUACGCCUAACGAAAGAAAAUAUUUGUAUAUUCUCGGGGGCUUCAUAUAAUUUAAAAAAACGAAGGAAAAAACAUGGUAACCAGUUCUAAGGAUCAAUCAACUUUCGGGUUGAGAGGUUCACUCGAAAUAUGUAUUACCUUUGAGGUUAUUUACGAGUCGAUUUAAUUAUUAGUUUUUGCCUUGUAUAAAGAAGGGUAAAAAAAUGCUUUAUGUUGUGUUUGAUAUAUGUAGUUUAUAGUCCUCUUAUAAUGUACUAUUAUUAUUCAUUGGUAGUAGGCUAGUAGCACUUGUGUUGAUAUUUUGUACUAAUAAUUAUGAACAAAGUAAUGCAUUUUCUUUUGUUUGGAGAUGUAUCUCCUUUUUUCUAUUAA